UCUGCCUUCCAGAUUACUUUGCAAACUAGAUUAUCAAAACUAUAUAAGCUGAUACCGGUGAGUUGACUUAAUAGUUGUGGGUAGUGUUUGGACUACAUGUUCACCAUGAAGGCAACUAUAUUCCUAGUCUGUGUACUGUACCUACAUUACACUAUUGCUAAUACAUAUACCGAUAGAUUUAACACUCAGUAUAACAAAAUACAUGACUCCAAAAAUGGAUAUUUUUCCAAAGACGGAGUUCCAUACCAUUCCGUUGAAACUUUAAUCGUUGAAGCUCCUGACCAUGGUCAUCAAACGACGUCUGAAGCUUACAGUUACUGGAUCUGGCUCGAGGCUUUAUAUGGACGUAUCAACGGCGACUUUUCCAAAUUCAACGCAGCGUGGGAGAGUAUGGAAAAAUAUAUGAUCCCAAGCCAUUAUGAUCAAUCAACGAACAACUUUUACAAUCCAGGUGCUCCAGCAACACUUUUGGAUGAAUUAGAUGAUCCAAGUCAGUAUCCAUCACCAAUGAAAUUUGGUGCUCCAGUAGGUCAGGACCCUCUUUAUCAGGAACUUGUGAGUGCGUACGGUAAUAGCGACAUGUAUGCUAUGCAUUGGUUGUUGGAUGUUGACAAUACAUAUGGAUUUGGUAAUAUUCCUGGUGGCGGUUGUGAACUUGGACCACUAGUGAAAGAACCUUCUUUUAUUAACACCUACCAAAGAGGACCUAAUGAAUCAGUAUGGAAGACUAUUCCCCAAUCAACCUGUGACUCAUUUAAAUAUGGAGGAACUCACGGUUUCUUGGAUCUCUUUGUUGGAGACAACAGUUACUCGCAACAAUGGAAAUAUUCUAACGCUCCCGAUGCUGAUGCUAGAGCUAUCCAAGCUGCUUUCUGGGCUCAACAGUGGGCCAGCGAAACUGGACAUUUAAAUGAUAUUUCCGAUACUUUGUCUAAGGCUGCAAAACUUGGUGACUACUUAAGAUAUGCUUUAUUCGACAAAUAUUUCAAGAAGAUCGGUAAUUGCAUUGGGCCAUGGAACUGUCCAGGAGGACAGGGCAAGGAAAGUGCUCAUUACUUACUUAGCUGGUACUUUGCAUGGGGAGGUGCUAUUUACUCUAACUGGGCAUGGCGUAUUGGAGAUGGUUCUGCUCAUUUUGGCUAUCAGAAUCCUCUGACCGCUUAUAUCUUAUCCAAUGUUGACGCUUUCAAACCAAAAGGUGCAACUGCUGUGUCUGAUUGGGCUACUUCAUUGAGCAGGCAACUGGAAUUCUACGGUUGGUUACAAUCAGCAGAAGGUGCAUUCGGUGGAGGAGCAACUAACACCUGGAAUGGUAGAUAUGACACUCCACCUCAAGAACUUACUACUAAUACUUUCCACGGUAUGUUUUACGAUUGGGAACCUGUAUACCAUGACCCACCGUCCAACAGAUGGUAUGGUAUGCAAUCUUGGUCUACUGACCGUCUUGCUCAAUACUACUAUGUCACUGGAGAUGCUACUGCCAAGACUCUUUUGGAUAAAUGGGUCAAAUGGGUAAUUUCUGAAAUUAAAUUCGAAGGGACUGGCUACACUCACCCUGAUCAUUUAGAAUGGUCUGGACAACCACCCAAUGUUCACGUUCAAGUUACCUCAUAUAGCGAUGAUGUUGGAACUGCUUCAUCUACAGCCCGAGCUCUUUCUUACUACGCUGCUAAAUCUGGUGACCAAGACGCCAAGCGCGUAGCAAAGGAACUUUUGGACAGGAUGUGGAAUCUUUACCAAACCGACAAAGGAGUUUCAGCUCCAGAAGUGAUGGAUACGUACAACCAGUUUAAUCAAGAGGUCUACGUUCCUGAAGGAUGGAUGGGUUCAUACCCCAAUGGAGAUGUUAUUCGACAUGGAGUAACGUUUAUUGGUCUGAGAUCUUGGUACAAAAAUGACCCAGACUGGUCCAAGGUAGAAGCCCAUCUAAAUGGUGGACCAGCUCCUACAUUUACUUACCAUCGUUUUUGGCAACAAACUGAUAUUGCUAUUUCUCAAGGAACUUAUGGUCUGCUUUUUAAUGAAUAAUUUUAUUUAAUAAAUAUACUGUUUUUCAUCCUACAACUUA